CUCCCUCGAACACACAGCCCCAGCUCGGAGCUCCGUGAGGCGGCUUCCACCACUAGAGUUCUCCCUUUAACACAGUGCCCCAGCUCAGAGCUCCGUGAGGCGGCUCCUCUCGGCUGUGUUUACCUUCCAUCCACAGCCUUUAUCUCAGCAGAAACACCGAUGUAAGCUGCUGUGGAUCUAUCCCUCCCUCACACAGACCCUCAAUGUGUUAGCGGCACCAUAACAUAACAGAGUAGUGAUGAAUAAGGAAGUCAUGUCCCGCGUGGUGAAGAAGAGGCAGGCGGAUCCGAAGGUGGUCCAGUACGUUUGGGCGGCCAUCGAGGUGAUCCGCAACCAGAAACAAAUAGCCAACAUGGACAGGAUCUCCAAGUACCUGAGCCGUGUGUUCGGCAUGCACCCGAAGGAGACGGCCCGACAGCUGAGCCUGGCGGUGAAGGACGGCCUGGUGGUGGAGACGCUCACCGUCGGCUGCAAAGGCUCGAAGGCCGGCAUCGAACAGGAGGGAUACUGGUUGCCUGGCGACGAGAUGGUACGUCCAGAAACCAAACUUAACCCUCCUGUUGUCCUCGAGUCAAGGAAGGAAGUUAGGACUCCCCAACAGGAAACCGAUCUGCUGACUGCCGGCGUCCUGGAGGAGAGAAACGGGAUGGAUUGA